UCGGCACAUCUCUGUCAACUAAAACAAAUAUAACGUUAGCCAAGGUGGAGAGGAGACGUAAAUACACAAAAAAAAAACUACAUUGAAUUAUAUUAAAAAAGAAAGAAAACGUCAGAGAUAAGGACAAAGCAGCGACAGAAGGGUUUUGUUUUUGUUGAUCUCAAAUAAAGACAAAAAUUAGAAUUGCAGUAGAACUAAACAUGUCCAACAACACAGAUACCGGAGAUACUGCAGUCAUAACCGUAGGGGAUGGAAAUGAAACAACGACACCAGGCAUGAAUGAUUCCAUGCCAGUGCGUGAGCCAUUGAUAACAACGGCUAUUAACUUCCUACAAAAUGCCAAAGUACGACACACUACGUUGGUGCAGAAACAGCAAUUUCUGAGGUCCAAAGGUCUCACCGAAAAAGAAAUACAAAUUGCCUGUGAAAGGGCUGGGGUCUUUAGCCAGGAUCCAAAUGCUCCAACCGUUAUAAAUAUGGGUAUCAAUGCCACCCAGACUCAUGCCCAAUUGGCACUGCAACCUGCACCACAAACGGCAUUGGGUCGCAUUAAGGAGAUUUUACACUCCAUGGCUUUGCUGGGUGGUGUGGCCUAUGCCAUAUAUGCUUUUUGGAAGAAAUUUCUGGAACCCUUUCUUUUUGGCUCAAAGAAGAAGAAAUCCACAGAUGAUGCCCUGGCGGAUAUAGACAAAAAGGUGGACACACGUUUAGGCGAAGUUAAAACGGAAUUGAGCCAAGUCAAGGAGUCAUUGGCCCGUGAACAACGUGAUCAAACACAACAGUUUAUGCGUGAAUUUAAUCAAUUCAAAAGUGAUUUAGAGGCUAUUAAGGGACUGCUGCUAAAUCGCAAACAAUUUGCCUCACCCUUGGUAACGGCCGGCCCAGCUUCCAUACCAGCCUGGCAAUUAUCCUCGUCAUCGCCGCAUCAUUUGCGACGCCACAAAGAUAGCCAAUCGGAUGAUAAUGAUAAACCAGAUGAUGUUGGUUCCGGUUCGGGUUCAUCGGAAACUGAAGUGGUUACCAAAAACAGUGAUUCCAGUUUAGAAAUUAUGUAAAACAAAGGCAUAUGUGCGUGUCGGUGUGGCAUACUAAUGAAAUAAUAUGCAUAAACUAUGUGAAAAAAGUGAAAGAUGCUAUCUAUAUAAAAAAAGCGAAAAGAUGAUCAAAUUGCUUACUUUUGUUUUUUAAAAGUAUAUGUAGAUAAGGAUUUGAUAAAAUUUUGGCAAUAUACAGCAGUGAUGAUAGACGGAUUAUCUUUUUAAUCUAAUCAUGUUUUGUAUGUAUGUAUGUUUGUAUUUUUUUUGUUUACUUUGAGUGAAUGUAAUUGAAUUUUCAUCAUAAUUUUUUUGUGUAGAAACAAAAAAAAAUUAGAAAUAUAUUUCCAUUUUUUUGUAAAAA